AGGAAGGUGAAAUAGCUGAAAAUAUCAAGGCAAUGAUUGUUAAUAGUAAUCAGAUCACCGGAUGGGUAGCUGAAUCGAUCCUAAAUCAAACGGAAGUCAGGAAACGAUGUGCACUAAUAAAACAUUUUGUCACGAUAGCUGAUAGAUGUCGUGUUCUAAACAACUUUAACUCGUUGACUGCCAUCAUAUCUGGUCUCAAUUCAGCACCGAUUCAUCGUCUCAAACGCACUUGGGAGAUGGUGAAUCAAAAAACAAUGCAAACUUUAGAAGCUCUGAAUCGAAUCAUGAAUUCAACGAAAAAUUUCUCAGAUUAUCGAGAGACGUUACAUAGUGUAAAUCCACCUUGUGUACCAUUUCUGGGCGUCUAUUUGACCGAUCUGACGUUUAUCGAAGACGGUAAUCCAGACACAUUAAAAAAGGAUCGUGCUUUAAUAAACUUUUCAAAGCGUAUGAAAACCGCAGAAGUCAUUCGCGAAAUCCAACAAUAUCAGUCU